AUGUCCUCCACGGUUUCCCUAGGCCGACGCUGGCCUCCCUCACCCAGCGUUGAGGAUGAAUGCGAAUCCCUAUCCCGCGAACUCCUAGGCUUGUCUGUCUUAGACACAAUGUUGAAUAAUGAUACAAUGAUUCCGAAGGGAACUGUAGAUCAGUAUCCCCUUAUACUCCCGUCCAACAUCGUCACUCCAUGCUCAACACCCCCGGACGCAUGUGGAAGCCCCAUCAAUCCAAACGCCGGAAGCAAAUCAUCCAACGGAAAUAUUGGCCUUACAACUGCUCAGUCUCCUCCCAGCAAUGGUUCUGCUUCAGAUACACAGCAGGGGUCGAAUGCCACUGCCCCGUCUUACUUCCUCCAUGAAGCGUCCAACCCCAAUGGGUUUUCUGGAAUUCCGGAGGUUCCUGAGCCUCAUGGAUGGCCAGUCAGCCACCCGCAAGACUCACUCCAAGAAAAGCCCGGCCUAAGCAGACAUUUCUCUGAGGGAGACGAAAAGCUUGGUCUCCACAACGCACCCGUCAGGCGAGCAGAAUGUUGCAGUGAUGAUGAAACACGUCCAUCCCACCGUGGCUCAGACGGCCCAGAAACGCCCCAAAACACCUCACCGGUUAAGAAAAAGAAGAAGGUGAACUUUCAGCUUCCCGACGAUGGGAGACUGCCACAACAUGACACCGAACCUGCCUUGAAGCAUGAGUUUGAGCCUUCCCUUGGACAUUCAGAAGACAUCCAUACUUCCCGCCGUUCAAGUCUAUAUUAUGAAGAUGAAACGCCAAUGGAUAACUACGAUCCCACUUUCAUUACUUAUAGACAGGAUUACACAUAUCUUGCCCAUCCUCAGCCACUCAAAAUCAACUGCAACUACGGUGGACCACGCAGCAGAGCUUCUGAUUCCGGAUCUCCUGUCACCUCACCACUAAAACUGACCUCAAGAAGCCCAUCUCAAUCUCCAAGACGACAUACCCCUAGCCCUUCUGGUUCCCGCCUCAGCCCAAUCGCUCGCGCUGCCUUGGAUAAAACCAAGACAGCACUGCCAACCACGAAUAAUGACUCUCGAGCUUCCACGAACUCCUCCCCGGUCCGACGAAGAGGGCCUUUCUUAUCCCCGCCUUUGUUGCCUUCAGGUUACGAGGUGAUUAUUAGAAGGGGUGGCGACAAGCAGUCAAAACGCAACAGCGUUCCAGCCAUGACUCCAUCGCAUCUUCUGUCCAGAUCACGAAGCUCAACAGUUCCCUCGCAGGUCGUAGUAGUGCGCCGUCAUCAAGGCCCCGCGGCCGCUCCCCCUGUCGUUGCCCUUGCCCCUUGCCCUCGAUCCAUUCCCAUGGCUGGCCAUCAGGACUGGUACACCAUCAAGGGCAUGACACACUUGGACAUCUGCCCUUGUUGCAUGAGCCAGAUUGGCGCCUCCCGGUUCCGGCAUCUUUUCAUCCCCAGCCUUCCCAGAGACCGCAAUGCGAAAGUCCGCUGCUCCCUUAGCCAACCAUGGGCACGGCUCGCCUGGGUCCAAACAAUGAAGCUGAAACUCAACCACCUCGAGCUGCUCCAGCGCAUUACCCUUCCCCCACCGGGAAGCCGUCCAUGCAGCGGCCGUAACCCCUCAGUGCAGUCUUGGUACCGCCUUGCGGACCCCGAAACAGGCCGCAACAUCACCGACUUCAGCGCGUGCUCCGCCUGCUUCCGUAACCUGCAAAUCCUCAUGCCCUCACUCCGCGACGCAUUCCGCUCCGGCCCACUCGUCCAAGAGCGCAUUUGCGACCUCCGCAUCGACAGCCCCCGCUUCGUCCGCUACCUCGAUCUGCUAGACGAAGCCGCAACGCGCAGCUACUCCGCUCCGCGCGGCCAACUGGACAUGCGCGAAUUUGUCAGGUACGCUCGACGCAAGAGCAGCAUCCGCGACUGUCCCCGCGACCACUUUUCUGCAGGGCCAUGGCAUUAUAUCCCCAACCUGCCCGAGUUUACCAUCUGCGAGGACUGCUAUGAUGACGUUGUCUACGAUCGAUCCCACACGGGCAUUGGCAAGAUGGUUUCACGAACGCCGCAGAUGGUCCCUGGACCCCGGGAUCAGCAAUAUACAUGUCAGCUGUACAGCCCGCGUAUGAGGACCGUGUUCCGCGAGGCCGUACAGGAUGGGGACUUCAAAUACUUAGCCACAGCUGCGCUGCGCAGGCAUGAGGCGGAGAUCACGUUCCGAGAACGGAAGAAGGCGCUACUACAUGAUGUGGCUAGGGGUUACGAUAGGGACGCAGAGUUGAGGUGGAAUGCAGAAGAUUGGAGGAGGAGUGAAUAA